AUGUUCAACAGCAGCCACAGAAAGAAUGAGAACAAUGCCACCGGACACGGCCUCCCUUUCUCACCCAUUGACGAGGAACAAGCAGCAUCAUCAUAUUCGACGACGAGCUCGUUGUUAGCGGAGCAUGCCACCGAAAAGUUGAAACUCACCAAUCGACGGCACAGAUGGCAGCAGUGGAAUAUGUUUCGAUGGCUUGAUUUUGGUACAAAAGACGUGGUUUACAUCGGUUGCAUCGCAGCCAUCGUCAUACUCUUCGCCUCAGCAGAAGACCGCUAUAUCAGUAGCCACUGCGGCGGUCUCACCUACACCCCCGCGAAAGAAGCUGUGGUAUUGGAAAAAGCCAAGUUUCACGCAGGGCUAAAUGACACGACCCGGUUCAGAGGUGACCCAAGGCCCGAACUCGAAGACGCCUGGGACGAAUUGCUGAGCGCGAUAAACAUCCGCGUCGACGAUGACGAACUUACCAAGAUGGGCAGGGACGCAAGUAAGGCCGUGAGAAUUAACGACGGCAAGGGAGGCUACGCCGGCAUGCUCGACAUUUUCCAUCAUCUUCACUGCUUGAGAAUGAUUCGAAUUGGCUAUACACUGGACCUCUACCCAGCGUACCAGCCCAUGCUCUCAUCGCAAAUGGGCGAGCUAGUUCCCAUGCACAUUGAUCACUGCAUCGACGAACUGCGCCAGGCUGUCAUGUGUCGCGCCGACGUGACGGUGCUUACUUCGGACUGGAUCGACUGGCACCCAAAGCCGUGGCUCAAUUUCAAUGUCGAGCACGAGUGUGUCAACUGGGACAAUGUUUUCCAGUGGUUAAAGGAACACUGGUAUGACAUCAAAAAGGCAAACUUAGUUCAUCCCCAUUUUGGUCCUGUUGACUGGUCGACAAGUCCCGGCCCGCACCACUGA